UUCCCUAAUUCCCUUUUGCCGUGAAGCUGUUAGACCCAAUGCGGCUGCCGUAGGGCGGGGUAGCAAGAUGGCGGCCUCUGCCUUUGCCGGUACGGUGAGAGCAGCAUCAGGAAUCUUACGGCCCCUGAAUAUUUUGGCGUCUUCAGCCUAUCGAAACUGCACCAGGAAUGCCUGUCUUAGUUCUACACUGUCCACCCGACAUUUUAGUCAUGUGCAGACACCAGUUGUUUCCUCUGCUCCCAGGCUCAUCACAUGUGUCAGAAACCUGACAUGGGGGCAUACGGCAAGAAUCUUCAAUAGAGUGGUCCCCUUGCUUCCAAAUAUCCUGAAGCUACCAGUCAGAACUGUAACAUACUUCAGUUCACGAAAAGGCAAGAGAAAGACUGUGAAAGCUGUCAUCUAUAGGUUUCUUCGACUUCAUUCUGGCCUUUGGCUAAGGAGAAAGGCUGGUUAUAAGAAAAAAUUGUGGAAAAAGACGACUGCAAGAAAAAGACGCUUGAGGGAAUUUGUGUUCUGCAAUAAAACCCAGAGUAAGCUCUUAGAUAAAAUGACAACAUCUUUCUGGAAGAGGCGAAACUGGUACGCUGAUGAUCCUUAUCAGAAGUAUCAUGAUCGAACAAACCUGAAAGUAUAGAUCAGAACUUUUAUGAUUUCCGUUACCGAAUAUGUAUCUUUGUGUAUAUGAUGUCUUUGCAAAAAUGAAAUAGUAUAAAACUUGAUGUAAAUUGUACCCACUGAUACGGAAACAUACAGUACCAACAUUAAAGUUUUAAAACUUAAUGGA